CCUACAGUGACUUCUUGGAAGGCCCACAACUUUGAACAGAUGAAACUCAUCAUGAAAAGGAUGGAAAAAAUAUGAAUCAUUGGACAAAUAUCUAAUUGUGCAUUGCUAGAGAUGAUCAUCAACUGAUGAAUUUAACCGACUUUUGGGUGUUAGUGGUUUCAGUUUUUCAAGGACAAAUAUGGAUUUCUGAAGUUAUAUCUGAUGGCAAUUCCUUCACUACCACUUUUCUUGGUAUUUGGUGUAAUAAAGAAUGGUUGAUCUAAAUUCCACGGCUAUCCUAUCUCAAUCUCAGAUAUCCAAUUUCCCAAGAGCCAAAGCUUUUUGAAGCGGUGAUUCCUGUUUGAUUCUCCGAAUCACGGGAUUCUAGGAAAUGGUUGUAGUUCUUCAAUGGCUAAGAAGAAGAGCUGGUUCAAUCUAGUGAAGAGGUUCUUUCUCUUUGAGACACUUUCAACAACAGAAAAGAAGGAGAAAAGAAGGAAAUGGAUGUUUGGAAGGUUUAGGACCAAAAGGUUGGCAUCCCUUGCAGCUGCAUCACCACCAAGAGACAAGACUAAAAUUGAAACAGAUGAAGAUCAGGAGAAGCAUGCUUUAACUGUGGCUAUUGCCACAGCUGCUGCUGCUGAAGCAGCUGUUGCAGCUGCUCAGGUAGCAGCCGAGGUCGUUCGGCUCACUGGUACCCCUCAGUCUAACCAUAAAUGUGAAGGAGAAGCAGAAGAAUACAUAGUGAAUUUUCAACCCGGUUCCUCUCCAUCUGCUGAUCAGCAUGAGAGGAAGAAGAUCCAAGAACUUGCUGCCAUUAAAAUCCAGGCUACCUUCCGGGGCUACCUUGCAAGGAAAGCUUUGCGGGCAUUGAAGGGGAUAGUGAUGCUUCAAGCAAUCAUCCGAGGCUGGGCUGUGAGACGACAAGCAAUGAAUACUCUAAAAUGCUUACAAUCCAUUGUAAGUAUUCAGUCUCAGGUCUGUGCAAGGAGAUUCGAAAUGGCAGAAGGCAUUUGGCAGUCUGAUGAAGACAAACAGUUGCUAACAUUGAAAGACAAGAUUAUUAAGGUGGACACAAACAGUCACAAAAGAUGGGAUGAUAGCAUUUUGACAAAGGAAGAGGCAGAUGCAAUGGUGUUAAGCAAGAAAGAAGCUGCCAUCAAAAGGGAGCGGAUAAAGGAAUACUCAUAUGUUCAUCGGAAGUCAACAGAAUCAGAGCAGAACAAGGGUAAUGGAGGAUUAAAGUACUGGUUAGACCAAUGGGUGGAUACUCAAGUGAGUAAAAGUAAAGAACUUGAAGAUUUGGACUCAGUUUGGAAUUCAAAUCCCAAGCCUGCGGAGGAAAACAGAGCUAAACAACUAAGACUGAAGACCUUUCCGCGACAGUAUCAUAUGGAAGGAUUGGAUUCUCCCCUACCGGUUCCACGAAGAUCAUUUCAUAGAAAGCAGUGUUCUUUGGGAGAAGACAACUCUUUUUAUACCUCUCCUGUAGUUCCAACUUACAUGGCUGCUACACAAUCUGCUAAGGCAAAGGUAAGAUCAAUGAGUUCGCCAAAGCUAAGGCCUGGAAGUUUUGAUACUCAGUCUGAAAGCUACUCACCAUAUAAGAACAAGCUCUCUCUCAUAUCUUCUAUUACAAGGGAUGUGCCCAACAGUUGUAGGAUCAGUAGCAGGCCUAGCGCUUAUCAGCAGAGAUCCCCUAGCCUGAAGGGUGUUCCAGGUCCUGUAAAAUCAAAAAGAACCUUAAAGGAUCUUAGCUUUAACUCUGAAUGUUCGUUGCCUAAUUGGGUGCGAGAAAGCACCUUCAGAUGAUUCUUUCAUAUUCUGAUCAUUAGGUGCUGGUAGAAUGUCUUUGUUAUUGUGUUGGUUUGAAAGUGUAGAUGCUACUUUGUGCUUAAACAGUUGAAUCAAUCCAGUUUCAUGUUUGACUGAUGCA